CAGCAGUUCGGUGUGUGUAUGCCGGAAUGCGAAGACAUGUGGUUGAAAUAGUGUCAUCUUUUUCGAAUGCCAUGUGAGGAAUUGUUUUGUUUGUUUGUCAAGUGUGUUCACCCCUUCGAAGAACCCCUCCUCAAUGCGGAAGAGGGUUAUUACACCCCCUUCGAACAGGAAGGUUCACCACAAAGAACAAGCAGCAGCUGCAUCUACACCAGGCAAGGGCAAUGAUAGUUCCGAACAAGGAGGCAGUUCGAGACCUUCUUCACCUUUUCCCGCCAUUAAUUUAAGAAGAACAAGAUUUUCUAGUGUACCUCUUAUUCACAUCAAACAUGCUGACAUUGAAGAGAUAUCGUUUCCUGCUUCAGUGGAACUUCCUAGAAGACAUGUCACUUUUUAUUCUGAUGUUGAUAGCGAUUCUUCCCUCUCUGGGGGUGGUUUAUGUUCCAUGUCGGACACCAUGGAUAGCUUCAAAGAACUGGGUGGAGUCCCUCAGCCCAGCGUCCGAAUUAAACAUCUGACCAGGAAUUCUGACGGUUCAAGUAGAUUUCCUAAGCUAGAUGAAUGUGCACAUUUUCAUUAUGACCAUGUUGAACUUGGACCAAUCACUGUGGGAUUGUGCGAUGGAGAUGAAGUUCGGAUAGAGGGAUCGAAAAACAAUAACAGUGCCGGCGUUCAGCAGCAGCAACCAGAGUUCUGCGUUCAGGUGUCCAGCAACGGAAAGAGUUGGCAGAUCAGAAGGUCCCUGGACAACUUCCAGAUGCUGGACAGGCAGCUGCAUAGAUGUGUCUAUGACAGGAAGUUCAGCUUGCUCAAAGAGAUUGAAACACAACCAGAAGAGGAUGCUGCUGCUUUGCGGACAAUGCUGACCCACUACCUGGACAGAUUUUCCCAGCUAGCUGGAAGUCUAAUAAACUGUGGUCCAGUGCUGAAUUGGUUAGAGUUGGACAAUCGUGGCAAUAGACUGAUUGUGACAGAUGAGGCUGCAAUAAAUACCCCAGCAAUAGCAGCUGCCUAUGUUGUCAAGCGGUAUGCUUCUCAGGCUACUGAUGAAAUCUCUCUUGAAGUAGGGGAUAUUAUUUCUGUGAUAGAUAUGCCACCUCCUGAAGAAUCUUCUUGGUGGAGGGGGAAAAAGGGCUUUCAGGUUGGAUUUUUUCCUUGUGAAUGCGUUGAAAUAAUUGGUGAUAAGUUACCCCAGUCAAUUAAGAUUCCAAAGGCGCCUUCUAAACCAGUAUUAAGGAAGCAUGGUAAGCUGAUCGCUUUCUUCCGAUCUUUCCUACUAACUAGACCAUCAAGGCGAAAAUUGAAACAAAGUGGUAUACUGAAAGAAAGAGUUUUUGGCUGUGAUUUGGGAGAACAUCUUAUGAAUACUGGUCGAGACAUACCUCUUGUUUUGAAAUGUUGUACUGAGUUUAUCGAACAACAUGGCAUUGUUGAUGGAAUUUAUCGGCUGUCUGGUGUAACGUCUAAUAUUCAGAAGUUAAGAAUCGCCUUUGAUGAAGAUAGAGUGCCAAAUCUUGUUGAUGAAGCAAUCUUGCAAGAUAUUCACUGCGUGGCUUCACUAUUAAAAAUGUAUUUUCGUGAAUUGCCAAAUCCAUUGUUAACAUUCCAUUUGUAUGAUAAAUUUGUGAGUGCUGUGCAGGCUGAAGAAGAUUUAAGGCUUCUCAAGCUGCGUGAUGUAGUCCAACAACUCCCACCCCCACAUUAUCGAUCAUUAGAAUAUUUGAUGAGACACCUCAGUAAAGUUGCCGCACACGGAUAUCAGACGGGAAUGACACCAAAGAAUGUUGCCAUUGUCUGGGCACCUAAUCUGUUGAGAUCCAGAGACAUAGAAAACGGCGGUGUUGGUGCUUUACAUGUAGUUGGAGUUCAGGCCGUACUCACAGAGUACCUCAUAAGAUAUACAGAUAUCAUAUUUAGUGAAAAAAUGCCUAUAUUCCCUAGUCCUAAACUGAUUGAAGUUGAAACUCCAAAGAAGACAAGACCGAAAUCUUUGGCUAUUUCUACCCCCACCAAACUUUUAUCUCUCGAAGAAGCACGAUCAAGAGCCUUAACCUCAAAUCUGCCCGGUGAUCAACAAAAGUUCAUUGAUGUUGGAGGAGGGGAAGAAAAUCUACCCAUUAAAUAUCACACAAUAAUAGAACUUCCCGCAAGGCGCAGAUCAAUGGGAAAGAGUAAGAAAUCUCCAUCCGGUUGGAAGUCAUUGUUUUCUAGGGGAUGGCACACGACGAGUGGAAGGCGCAAAAAUAGACACCUAAGAGGUGAAGGGGGUGAGAGACCAAAGAUUGGUAGCCCUAUCUUCUCUGAGCAUUCACCACUAGUCUUGAAGGACAAAGCAGUUACAGAAUCUGAUGUUUCUCACACCAAACCAAAAAGGUUAAGAACUGUUAAAAGUGCAGAAAAUUUAUUUCCUCUUCUCGCAAAUUCAUCUCAUUCAACUCAGGAAUACGCACCUUCUGGUGAAGAUAUUCCACUUUCUCAAGAGUUUGAAUUCAACUCUCUUUCCGAUAUUCAUUCCUCUCAUUACCAAAGGCAUAUGCGUUCUUCAUCUCAUGAUUCAUAUUUUGAGCGUCUUUUGUCUGCAAAUGAAUCUACUGUAGAAGAUGUGCCAUGUGAAGGUUCCCAAACCCACACAUUGCAAAAAGUCCCAAAUAUUUUAGACUCUGGUCAACCUGCAAAAGGAUCUCAUGAAAAUAACAAAAACUCUGGUGUUAAACGCAGUAAAAGUGCAUACAAGCAAAAACUUGUCAGUUUCGACACAGAAGCGACAAGUCCCAAACUACAAAAGUUGAGCUUAAAGCGUUUGUACCAUACUUUGAGUUCCCCACCUUUGAUUAAGAAAGAAUCCUCAAAAAGGGACCAUAAUUCGAGUGCUAAUACGAAUGCACAAAUUGAUCAUUCAGAAUUAGAUAGUCAUUUGUCUGGGCCUUUAUCUGAUAAACAAUCAUUUUCUACUUUUUCUGAAAAUAUGCAAAAUUCAGUGCCUUUAAAUAACAGAGAAAUUCUUUUGUCAAACAGAGAAUCUCAGAACAGCUGCCCCUUUAAUAAUCCAGAUGUUGUAACUGUUGAAGUUCAUCCUUCUGUUCCAUCAACUUCCACAGCAAAUCUUCCUGAAGACAGUCCAGUUAAUUAUGAGACAAGUUUAGCAGAUGAUCUUGAUGACCAUGUUAACUUUUCAAUGGAAGCUACUUUAUCAGACUCUGCAAGUUUGUCUCAACUGCUGUCAUUUGAUUCAAAAGAGCAAAAUGUGUGCAAUCCUGAAAGCUUAGAACACCAGUCUGGAUAUAGCUGGGCCCCUCAAGACAGUUCUUUAGCCACACCCGAAUCCCCUACUGGGGACAAUGUUAGUGACAUUCCGAGUAGUGGCAGUUCUGCAAAUAGUGGUAGUAUUUCUGAUGUAAGUAAACAAAAUCUAGCUCCUGAAGCUUUUAUUGCGGAGAUGCAAAAUAGGCAUUUAGCAAACAAUGGGGUUUCAGAUAAAGAUGGUAUAAAAGUAACUCCUGAUCUGGUUGAUGAUAUUUCUCACCCUAAUGAUGAAAAACAACAGCCUGUUUCUUCAUUGGAACACUUUCAGAUAGCUUUAAGCUCUGGUCAUGAUACUUUUUCCCAAGAAUAUACUACUCUAAGUAAUUCGGAAAAUACUUCUAUGACUUCUAGUGCUCAUACUCCAAAAAGUAAUGCAUCAAUUGAUAAUUUAAUUUUAUCUCCUCCUGAGAAUUUCAACGAUAGGCAAAGAAUUUAUGCAUUUGAUGAAGAAGAUAACAUGGUAUCAAAUGUAGUAGCAAAAAUUAAAACAUCUGCCAAAUAUCCUAGUGCUAGGACUAUGGAAAGAAGCAAGACUGAAGUCCACGAAAUAUGUCCCAAAUUUGUUUCUGGUAUUGCAGUCUCUGGAAGCUUUGCUCAGGAUCUCUAUCGAGCUAACACUGAUUCAGGGGAGAGCUUCCACAAAAAGAGAAGCUGUAGUGAUAAAUUGUCUCCAAUAUCUCCAAUUGAAGAAUCGAAAAGAAAGUUUGAAUCAGAAAUUGGACGGCUUAUUGUCCGUGAUAGGCAAAUGAAACUAGAGAUGGAGCAAAUGAAAGCUGAGAGACAAAAGCGUGGAGCAGAUUCUUCUAUAUUCUCUGAACUAGAUAAAACUAGAUUAAAAAGUGAUAGGAAAUUCGCUGAUGCUCUUGAGUUUAAGAAAUCACCCGUUAAAACGUGUGAUAAUGAGAAGAAAAGGAAUGACUGUGAUGAACUGCUGUUGAAGCCUGUACGAGAAGAAAGGAAAACAAAUAGUGUUCCUCCCUUUUCAUACUCUCGCUAUAUGCGAAUGGAGAAUAAGCCCUCUGUCAAAGAACUACUUUCAAAGUUUGAAAGUCAUAAAGAUGAGGAUACUAGUGGCUCUCCAAAAGUUCAUUCAGACAAUUUAAUUCCUCUUCAAAAGCAAUCAUCAUGUGUAUUUUCCAAUGUGCAAGUGAUAAAUCAUAAUUUCCCUUUGACUUAUUCCAGAAGUGUUGGCUCGAACUGUAAUUUUGACCCGAGUGCUAGGGACAAUCAUUCUAAAGAGAAUAUUUUUCAGACUGAAUGUGUUAUUAGAUUUCCUCAUCCCAAGUUGCUGUCUCAAACUUAUAAUAAAUCUGAUUCCAAACACACUUUCCAUGACUUUGGAACAAGUAACACUUGGAGCAGUGAUCAGUAUAACUUUUCAUCUUCAAAUCCAUCAGAGAAUUCAAUCUUUUCAUCUUCAGAUCACCCCUUAUCAUCAUCAUCACCUAGACUAGAUUCAUCUUCAUUGGUGAAUUCUCUUGGGAAAAAAUCAUGUGCUGAACUACCGCCAUUGUCUGAAUCUGUUGUCUCUGGAAAUUUAUCCGAUUCACUAAAAUAUGACAAAGAGUCCACCAAGUGUAGUAGAGACUGGGAAAUGGAUAAUAGCUCUACAGAUAAUGGAAAUAAGUUUUCCUGUUUUAAGGAUACUUUUAACCGAGCUAACAGAGCUUUACAAAUGAAAAAUGAAUUUCUGCAACGAGGUAUCCCCCAGUUUGAGGAAGGUGAAAGGACUACUGAAAAUGUAUAUUCUCUGGAAACAAAUAGAUUUUCUAGGUCACCUACCGAGUGUCGUAAAAGACAAACUCCCACACGCCAGAGACCUAAAUCUGUACCGCCUCCCAUUAGCAGACUAUCCUUUUCGACAAUUAAAGAACAUGAUACAAACUUUGCUAAAUCUAACACUAAACAGACUGCAUGUCCAAAAAAUGUGCCAAAGACAUCAAGUGUUGGCUUAACUAAUGGUAAGACAAAGAGUGAUUCUAGUCAGCCUUAUGGCCUGCCCAAAAGAGUUAAGGAAAGAGCCGCUAUAUUUGAACGUUCUUUGAGCUUUUCUGGCAGUGUGGAAAGGUCCCCACCUUCAUUUAAUUACUCUCAAAAAGCUCAAUCAGAUUCAUCUAACAGAUGAAGCCUUUCUCAAGCCAAAGUAUUGCUACUUAAUGUCACUAUGAACUGUUAACAUUUGACUGGUUGUUGUUAAUUUGAAAUAAUAUGCAAGUUGUUUUAAAUCUAUCCUUUUUACAACUAAACUUUACUAAAAUGGUAAUUUCUGUGGUGAUUAUCAUUGUUUUUCUGCAUUAGCUUUGCAUCCUUGUAUAGUUCUUAGAUAGACUUUGGGAACUCAUUUACUGGCUCAUUGAUGAUGAGAAGUUUCCAUUCUAGAUUUGCAUUUUUAAAUUUUAAACUAUUACUAGUUGUUGCUGUGCAUAUAAAUUGUUCGACUCCCUAUUCUUUUAAUCUAUUUGAAUGAAUAUUUAAUUUAGCAAAUUGUCCCAUGCUUUUUCUUUAAUAUUCUCCUCCCCCAAGUUUUGCAUUCUUUUUUUCUUUUUGAUAAUUACUAAAAUCUAUCAGUGAGGCAUUAUCCUUCUUGUAGAAUUUUUUAAUAGUCAUUAUUUUUAUGUAUCAACCACUUUAUCGAAAAUGUCUAAAUCUCAUUUUUCAGUUUUAAGGACUUUAAAAUGAAUUACAGUAGAUGAUUUUUAUAAUGCAAACCGUGAAAUGUGCAGCUUUGCAUUCUAUUGAAUUUUAUGUUAUAUACUUACCAUCUAAACAUGGCAGCAAUAUUAGUCCCAAAUAGAUCAAUCAUAAAAUGCUUUAAAAUACUUCUUAGAUACAAUUACUUAUAAACACCAAAUUAUGCACUUGGGUAUUAAUUGUUGACAGAAAAAAAAAAUGAAAUCUUUCUAGAACAUAGAACUAUUAAAAUAUUUAUCGAUUUUCGUUUACAUAACUUUCGAAAUUGUAGCAUCUUAACAAAUAAUGUUAUGUAACAAGUAAGGUAAUGUCUUUUAAAUAAUGUAAAAAGUUAAUUUGCUCUUGCUUAGUUACAGAAAUUUUUCAACUGCCAUUUUCAUUGUUUAUACUCAUAAAAGUCUAUGCGGUUUAUGAAGAAUCACAGCUUAUAGAAUUGCAUUAUGCAGAUCUUCUACUGUAUUUGUAUUAUAAACUUAUAAACUUUCAUAUGUGGUAUUUUAUUUCUGCAGAUUUUUAAAUUUGUUCAUAAUAAUAGCAUGCAAUGUUUGCCUAUUUAAAUAUUUUCAUAUUGGAACCAAUUUGAUUUGGAUUCUUUUUAACCUAAUCUUAAUUUAUUUAAAUUAAUAUAUUACAUUUUAAGCACACCUCAUAUUUAUUAAACACUUUAUGAAACUGUACAUAAAUUAUGAUUUAAUGCAUUCCUUAUUUACAUCAUCUACAUGUAGUAUUAGGCCUUUAAUAUUAAGUUUUAAGUAAAAACAAAUGCAUUUAAGUAGCAACAAUUUCUUUUUAAAAUGUUUAUGUAAUAGUUUUGCCCUAUCUGUCUAAGAAAUAUUAUUUCAGUCAAUAAAAAUAAAUGAAGAAAAUAUGUUUUAUGUACAAUUUUGGCUACAAAAUGUACCUGGGUUAUUCAUUGUAAUUAUAAUUAUUAUGGGCUUCCAUAAAAUAUAAUAAUAUGUAAUCAAUAUUUGCAAUGUAUAAAUAGUUAUUAAAUUUCACACUUCUUUAAUCAUGCACAAUAAAGAGAUAUUAAUUUAGAGAUAUUCUGU